AUGGGCCCCUGUACCGCCUCCUCAUGCUGCUGCCAGGCCCGUAAUCUGCCAUGGGCCCCCGUACCGACUCCUCAUGCUGCUGCCAGGCCGGUAAUCUGUCAUGGGCCCCUGUACCUGCCUCCUCAUGCUGCUGCCAGGUCCAGAGUGUGUCAUGGGUCCCUGUACGGCCUCCCAUUGCUGCUGUCUCCAUCGCCACACUCUGCCAUGUGCCACUUUCAGGUCUCCUCACACUGCUGGUGGUUCCAUUUUUUCAUAGGGCGCUGUAUGGCCAUCCCAUUGCUGCUCUGCCUCCACUGCCACACUGUGGCUCCACACUCUGGUUUUGGCCCCGUGACUGCCCAAAUGAGUGAAGUGUGCGGUGAUUCUAAGAUCGACGGCACUCAUCUGCAUGUCAUACUGACUGACAGUAUUAGUUUUCUCUUCCCCAGCAGACUCCAAGGGCAUUUAAAUUAAAGGUACAGUGUUCUGCACUAAUAUAA